GCCGAGGUCACACCGACGGGUCCGGGGUCGUCCCCCGGGUGUGCACGUGCGCGUCUGUGUGCUGGGGGGUGGCUCACCUCACGGCGUGCUGAGCAGCGCGGCGGCGGCGGCGAGCGGGAGCGGGAGCGGGAGCAGGUGCACUUGAACAAUGGAUGAUGAUGAUUUUGGUGGUUUUGAGGCUGCAGAGAUUUUUGAUGGUGGAAGUGGUGAAACCCAAACUACAUCUCCUGCUAUUCCUUGGGCUGCUUUUCCUACAGUCUCUGGAGUCCAUCUUUCUCCAGCUUCUCCUGCGAUUAUACUAGACCAUGACCACUCUUCUCCCACCAUUGGCUGCCUCUCUUCUGAGCCCAUCAUUUCAUCACCAGAGAUUACACAUGCAGACACCACCAUUGUCAGUCAAACUGUUCCUAAAGCACAGAUUCAGCAAUCAACACACACUGAUCUGGAUAUCUCACUUUUUCCAUUGGGUUUAACUGAUGAGAAAAGUAAUGGAACAAUUGCUCUUGUGGAUGAUUCUGAGGAUCCUGUAGCCAAUGUAUCAAACAUACAGCUUCAGCAGAAAAUUUCAAGUUUGGAGAUUAAGCUCAAAGUUUCUGAGGAAGAAAAACAGAGAAUUAAAAAGGAUGUGGAAUCAUUGAUAGAAAAGCAUAGUGUCUUGGAAAAAGAUUUCCUUAAAGAAAAAGAGCAAGAGGCCAUUUCUUUUCAAGAUAGAUACAAAGAACUUCAGGAAAAACAUAAACAAGAAUUGGAAGACAUGAGGAAAGCUGGUCAUGAAGCCCUCAGCAUUAUUGUGGAUGAAUAUAAGGCACUGCUACAGUCUUCAGUUAAGCAACAAGUAGAAGCUAUUGAAAAACAGUACAUUUCUGCAAUUGAGAAACAAGCACACAAGUGUGAGGAGUUGUUGAAUACUCAGCAUCAGAGGCUCCUUGAAAUGCUAGAUACAGAGAAGGAUCUGUUAAAAGAAAAAAUAAAGGAAGCUUUGGUACAGCAAUCUCAAGAACAGAAGGAAAUAUUGGAAAAAUGUUUGGAGGAAGAAAGACAAAGAAAUAAAGACUCAUUAGUAUCUGCUGCAAAGCUUGAGAAAGAAGCAAUGAAGGAUGUAGUUUUAAAAGCCAUAGAAGAAGAAAGAAAAACUUUGGAAAAAGUCCAUGCUGAGGAAAGGGAAUUAUGGAAGACUGAGCAUGCAAAAGAUCAAGAAGAAGUAUCUCAGGCAAUUCAAAAAGCUAUACAAGAACAAAGAAAAAUUAGUCAGGAAACUGUUAAGGCUGCAAUAAUAGAAGAGCAAAAGCGCAGUGCAAAGGCUGUGGAAGAGGCAGUAAAAAGAACACGAGAUGAACUGAUUGAGUACAUAAAAGAACAGAAAAGGCUUGAUCAAGUCAUCCGCCAAAGGAGCCUGUCCAGUUUGGAACUGUUCCUCUCCUGUGCUCAGAAACAGCUAAGUGCUUUGAUAGCUACGGAACCGGUUGACAUUGAGUAAAGAGGACAUGACAAGCUAACCCACACUGGCAAUGGAUAAAUCAUUAGACCUCUCAAAUAAUACAUGCAGUGAAUUACAAAGAUGCUUUUGUUUUCUUUCCAAACCUUGGUAACUGAUUUCCACUUCAAGGAUAAACCAAAACAAUACUUAGAAUGAUCAAGAGAUCUAAUUUAUUUUCUUUUAUUUACUCCUUUAUGUUUACUAUUAUUUUAGUAGUAGUAGCAGCAGCAGCAGCAACAGAAUGUGUAAUGUGACUUAAAAAACAUUGAAAAUUUCCACAUUACCAAAAGUUAAUUAGGUAAAAUUUAUAGCCUCUGGCCUGUUAUAUUGUAUUUGGCAGAAGCAGUAAAUAUCUUUACUGAUUGCUUGACAGUGACUCUUGAUAUGAUUCUAGAAUGUAAUCAUGCAUUUAUUUGAUUUUAAGGAUAAAAAAGCAUAGAUUUCAACAUCUCCGUCUGACAUUACCACACUUCUUUUCUGUAGUGGGAUCUAUUUUUGUUGGUAACAAUUGAAAACACUAAAGAUUAUUAUAUUAAUUCCACUUUGAUCUAAUGUACCACUUAAAGGGGUAUGUGUAUGACAUAUGCUUAGUUCCUGUUUCUUCAAAGUCACUGUGAAUCAAUAAAUUCAUUUUUAAAUGAAUCAUAUCAUGAACUUAAUCUCUAGAAAAGGAAUGUAACAUAACCAUUUACAUGAAGUCAGGCUCAAAUAAGAGAUAUGAAAUUCUUUCCCAGAAUUUCAGAAUGUACUUAAUUCAUGAGCAGUGUGCUUCAAUGCAGAAUCAUGAGGUUUUUUUUUUUAACAUCAAAACUCAAUGUUGUCAUUAAAAUUAUGCAAACAUUUUGUCUUGUUUUUGAAAUGCUUCUACUUUUGUGGGCUUUGUACUUUUAUGGGACUCAUCAGUGUAAUAAAAAGAACUUCAGAAACUUA